AAGAUCCCAUUGCUGUAGCUAGCAAACCCAGAAGAAGCAACUCUCGAAGAAGAACGACUGAUUGAUUGCAUCUGAUUAUGGAGAGAUUACAGCGAAUCUUCGGAGCUGGUGGCGGUCUUGGUCACGCAUCGCCUGAUUCUCCGACUCUCGAUACGUCGGAGCAGGUUUACAUCUCUUCUCUCGCCCUCCUCAAGAUGCUUAAGCAUGGAAGAGCUGGGGUUCCUAUGGAAGUCAUGGGAUUGAUGCUUGGAGAGUUCGUGGAUGAGUACACUGUGAGGGUUGUUGAUGUUUUCGCGAUGCCUCAGAGUGGUACUGGUGUUAGUGUUGAAGCUGUUGAUCAUGUUUUCCAGACUAAUAUGCUUGACAUGCUUAAACAGACUGGAAGACCUGAAAUGGUGGUUGGUUGGUAUCAUUCCCAUCCUGGAUUUGGGUGUUGGCUUUCUGGGGUUGACAUUAAUACCCAACAGAGUUUUGAAGCUUUGAACCAGCGAGCUGUGGCAGUGGUGGUAGAUCCGAUACAAAGUGUUAAAGGCAAAGUGGUGAUUGACGCGUUCCGCUCGAUAAAUCCUCAGACCAUUAUGCUUGGGCAAGAACCCCGUCAAACAACUUCGAACCUUGGGCAUCUGAACAAACCAUCGAUCCAGGCCUUGAUUCAUGGAUUGAACAGACACUAUUAUUCAAUAGCCAUCAACUACAGGAAGAACGAGCUUGAGGAGAAGAUGUUACUAAACCUUCACAAGAAGAAAUGGACAGAUGGUCUGACACUAAGGCGCUUUGACACUCACUCCAAGACAAACGAACAGACGGUCCAGGAGAUGUUGAACUUGGCUGCUAAAUAUAACAAGGCUGUUCAAGAGGAGGACGAGUUGUCACCAGAGAAGCUUGCAAUCGUGAAUGUGGGAAGACAAGACGCAAAGAAGCAUCUGGAAGAACAUGUCUCCAACCUGAUGUCAUCCAACAUUGUUCAGACUCUAGGCACUAUGCUUGACACUGUUGUCUUCUAGAGAGCUUCUCACUUCUUCAACGACUUAAAACUAUUUGGCCAGAAAGUUGAGCUUUGUUCUUUUGACAUCUCUUUGGUUUCUGCUGAAUCUUCUCGUUUUAUUUCUCAUCUCCUAGCAUUUACGAGGCUGUAUUGUACUCUGUGAUUUCGUACUUUUCGUCAAGGCCAUGGAUUGAUAUCUAUUUCAUUUA